CCGACCCGACGCAUUAAUUGCGUCGCAAUAAGUCGGGCCGCACAUUGCUAAAUCAACAUUCGUCGUCUCGUGAUGUGUUUCGUGUUUCGUGUUUCGUGUUUCAUGCAUUACCGCGAUUUGUAAUAUUCCGCGCGUUACAAAAUGUGUUUUCAUUAUUUAUUCAUGGUACUAAGUAGUGUGAAAGCUGUGAGUGGAAGUUGCAGUUCCGUGCUGACGCCUCCGGAGCGAUGAAUUUUCAUGUCGAAACGGGAGAGCAACAUCGGUGAAACAGCAGUUUCGGAGGAAGAUCCGGUUUAAAAAUCAACCUAGAAAAUUUCGGCUGUAAACAGUACGUGAACAAACACCAAUGAUACCUUUAACACGCAUAUCAGAGGAGAAGGAUUGCUUCCUGUACACGUGAUGGCAACAAUGUCGAGGCAGCGGUACGUGAACCGCAGCAGCGAGAACAGAUAAGGAAGGGAGGAGCCACGAAUCGGGCAAUCAUGCGUAGUGUCAUGUGGCUCCUUCGGCUCCUAACGACUUGCUGCCUCGUUUACCUAUCAGCAUCCGACUCCCAUACAGAUCUACCCUUAAUAACGGAUUCAGUAUCAACGAAAUCGACGACGGCGGCAAAGCGAUCGGUACCGACGGACGCCCCCAUGCUGAAUUACAUAUUUGAUGCGCACAGCACUUUGAACAAGCAUCAACAUUAUCACGAUCAUCGGUGGGGACCUCAUUUCGAAGGGGAGAGCAAGAAUAUGACUGUUCAAGCUGGUGGCAACGCCUUGUUGGACUGCAAGAUAUCGAUGCUGCUGGAUAAAACUAUAUCCUGGGUGAGGCGGCAGGAUAACGGUGAAAAGCUGAAUCUGCUGACGGUGGGUCACCGCACAUACGUGGGUGAUCCAAGGUAUAAAGUGAAGUUUCAGUACCCAGACAACUGGCGUCUACUGAUCGAACGUGUAAACAGUAGCGAUGAGGGCCAGUAUCAGUGUCAGGUCAGCACUCAUCCGCCCAAAUACAUUCACGUGAAUCUCCACAUAAAUGAACCGUCCGUCCAGAUAGUGGACGCCCUGGGUGAACCACUGAGGGACAAAUACUACGAAGCAGACAGCACCAUCGAGUUACUGUGUGUCGUGCGUGACAUAGCCAUGCAAGUGCAGUACAGCGUCGUCCAGUGGCUUCACGGCAACAGAGUUCUGAACUAUGACACGACGCGAGGUGGUAUCAGCGUGAAAACGAACCUAAUGGAAGAGGGGGCCAAUUCAACACUCAGCAUAGCGAGGGUGGGACCAGCUGACAGCGGAAACUACACGUGCCAUCUCACUACCAUGCCUAAUCAACCUGCCACCGUUCACGUGCACGUGCUGAACGGAGAAAGCUUAGCCGAGCUGCAUCACGGCUCGACGGAUGGCGUCGGGACGAACAGCGUCGCCAGGUCGUUGCUCCUACUUCUAUCCAUACUUCUUGGUCGGAUGCAACAGAUGCUCAGAUGAAGGCCCGUUAUCUCCCGGACAAUUGCGAAAUAAGCAUCGUGCCGCUCACGUCGCGACGACGGACAUCGUCGCGACGCUGCGACACAAUACGGACUUUUAUAUUAUCGCUGGAAAAACGGACGUAAUGGUGUGGAUGUGUAAACACCGAAAAACAAGCGUGAGAGUGAGAAUGAGUGAAUAGAUGGAGGUUGAAGGAAGAAGACAGAAAAAAGAGGAUUGAAACGUUGUAGGAGGGUGGAUCGAAGGGAGGGGAGAGGUUGGCAGCACUGAUCCUGCAUUGUUCUUGGUUUCUGAUUGAAAACGACUCUUUCCGCCUCGCUAUACACGCCGGUUUCCGCUUCAAUGGUGAAUUCUCGUGUUAGUCGACUUCGUACCCUUAUUCUAAGAAUCUUUCAUCAAGAACACGAGAAUUUUUAGCAAUAAAUAAUGAUUAUCUUGUUUAACGAUUGAAGAGAAUUUUUGAAUGGCACUGAAAUUGAAUUAUUUCUUCAAGAUAACAAAUGAAAAGCUUCAUUUAUGAAAUAGAACGAUUGUAUCUUGGAUAAUUACUAUAUGUCUGAUUAGACGUUGAUCUUUUCUACUGUGACAGUCAAGAUACUAAAUUCUGAUGAGUUAACUCUUCUCUGAUUAACAACUGUACCACAUAUGGCCAUAUAAAUUGUUUGAAAUGAAAUUUACUUUGCUGACCAUUUUUACUACGGUAAAGUAACAGCAUUCAGUGGACUUAGGCUGUCAAACUGACGUUUAUUCGAAGAAGAGAAGUAUGUAUAUUUGAUUCGAAGCAAUUGCAAAUGGAAAUUUAUGUGAUACAGAUCAAAUGUUUGUAAAGUAUGUAAAGGAUGUAGUGUGAAAGAUCAAAUUAUCAACUGCCAACCUGAUCCCAAACUCAUCACUUUUGUUAGUGAUACAAAAGCAAAGUUUUAAGCGGUGGCGUUUUACAUAAAGCCAUUUUCGUUCGACGUUUGUUGAUCUGUUAUUCGAGUGAUCGAAAAUUUGAAUGAUUCACGAGAAAUCGAACAUCUGUACGAAGGCAGAUCGCCCAGUAAUACUUGGAUUCAACAUAAAUUCAAAGUUCUCUCCGAUGGUGAGAUUUAUGAAAUAUAUGGUAUGCGUUUUACAACA